CAAGCAGCGUCGAACACCAAACACCCGCACACAAACACAUACACACAGACCCACGUACACACACACAAACACCCACACACACACCCGCACACACACACACGCACAUCUCGCCCUCUCCCUUCCGCCACACAUACACACACAGACAGGAAUGACGGGCCCUGGCGCUGGCUUCCAGUGGGAAUUGGUGGCCGUGCACCUGGAGCAUGAUCCGCGAUCGCUGUUCAAGCUGAUGCAGACAUGCCACGAGCUGCUGGAGGACAUGCCCCUGCGGCUUCCGAAAUGGCUGCUGGCGGCCGCGUUCAAGAAGCCCGGCGCCAACAGCGCCUUUGCGCAGCUCGGCGGCGGUGACUGGGAGAGGCAGCGCUUCCUCGUGCACUCGUGGCUCGGCGCGCUGUGGAGCUCCUCCUGCCCUGCCCUGACCACGGUGGACCCGCUCAAGGCCCGCACGCACGUGCGGCUGUUCCUGACCAAGGUGCCGCCAAAAGCCAAGCAGUGGACGCAGGUCCCCAAACCAGCCCAGCUCUCCCUGCAGACGCGCGUGCUGCCGCAAAACUGGGCCGACGUGGAGGCUCUCUUGGCGUCUGUCGUGCAGGGCGGCGGCCAGCUCGGCACGUUGCAGCUCACCAUCGCUGGCACCUUCGCCGAACUCACCGUCCCCGCAUGCGAGAAGCUCCGCCUGUGCAUCUCCGGCACGGUCGACGCCCUCACCGUACAGGGCGCAGACGACAUCGUGGUGAACGCCACCGGCAAGAAGCCGGGCUGCGUGAAGGCGUGUACCGUCUCAAACGUGCGCCUGGCCACUGUCGAGCUGCCGCCAACCACCACCAGCCUCUCCUUCCCCACCGGCGUCACGUCUGUCUUUGUCGAGUGCACUGCGCCAGGCCUUGACAUCUCCACGCUGCGCAGCGCCGCCUCCGCAAACCUGAGGCUCUCGCAGACCACCGACGUGUCCCCGCUGUCCAGCGUGACGGGCUCCCUGGCCCUGCAAGGUGGCGCGCUGCCUGCUGCGACAGAGGUCACCCUCAACGCCCGCCGCGUUACUUUGCUGAACUGCCCUGCAGUGAAAGGUGCGCUGGUACUCCCCAACGCCACGCACGUUGAGCUGCGCAACCACGCGUGCCGCAGCAUCACCUGCAAGCGGCACCUGAACGUGCUCAGGGUGACAUACGACGAAUUUCUCUACAACCCACCCCUGCCAGUCGUGGUGCCUGUCCUGCCCAGCGCAGAGAAGGUGCACCUGAGCGGGCACCACUUUUGCAACUCGGCCAAGGACAUUGCCGCCAUCGCCAAGACGUCCACCGACGUGUGCGUGCGCACUUCAGGGGACCCGCGACGCCUGGCGUCUGCUGCCAUUCGCGCCAAGAAGGGCAACCUGCACGUGUUCUACGAAGGCCCCUGGGAGCACUUUGGGGUGGUCAAGGGGCUGGAGGGCUCGCGGCUGUUCGUGCCCAACUCCAAGGCGCGCGGGCUGCUGAAGAUGGCACCGUGGCUGAAGGAGGUGACGGUGACGUGGAGCAGACUCCGAUCCAUCGACGUCAGCGCAAUGCCGCUGCUGCGCUCGCUCACAUGCAAGGGGUCGCCGAUGGCCAAGGUGCAGGGGCUGGCCACGCUGCAGCACUUGGAGCGGCUGCACCUCACGUGCGUGUACCUCGACUCUGACACAAUCACGUGCAAGGAGGUCACGCUGAGUGACUGCGCCGGGUCCGCGACGGUCAACGACGCUGACGAGGUGGACGUGGUUGAGGGCGAGGGCGUGAGCUUCAAGCUCACAAACGUGAAGCGCCUGCACUACAAGGCGAAGAAGAGCAAGUUCUGUUGGCGUGUGGACAUCAAGUCGGCAACCAACGUGGGCACGGUGGAGUACGAAAGCGUCGUUGACCCGCCCAUUGCCAACAUGCAGGACGUGCAGCACCUUGUUCUCAAGGGAUGCGCGCUGACCAAGACGGUGGCGGAGAUUGCCGCGCAGGUGCAACAGGUCACCCUGCACAAGUGCACCGCCAAGGACGGCGGUGCAGCCAUGCCCAAUGGCACGUGGAAGCAGCCACAGCCAACGAACGCCAUUGCACCCAGCGUGGCACCAGCCACAGACGUCAAGGCUUGAAACAGUGCUGGUGGACGAGUGUGGAGAGGGGAAACACUGUGUAUGUUUAGGUGUUUUCUGGCUGUAUGUGGCUUGUGUUGCUGUUGUUCUUUCCGAGUCCUUGCUCGCCCACUGUUGUUCUUUCUAACUUGCUUCUCACUUCCUGCUGUUCUCUCCCAUAAGUGCUCUGCUUUCUUUUUUUUUUUUUUUUCCUUAGCCAACCUUCAAAGCGAACUUGUGCGUGUGCGUGUGCGCGUGUGUAUGAACACCUGAUCGUCAGUCCGUCUCUGGUGUGUUGUCCCAGAAACGCGUUUGAAUGAACCAAUUGCGUUGUUUUACUUGCUCGCCAUUAC